UGUGUUGAUUCGUCCAAUUUACUCAGGAGGGUGUCGAAAAAAGCACGGCGAACAGCUGCUUUGAAGCGAUCAGUGUCAAAUUUGUCGUUAAAUAAGACGAUUACUGGUAAGCAAAGUAUGAAUUUUUUUAACAUCACAACAAAUAUAUUUAAAACGUAGCUGAAAAAAAGCUGGUUGUUUUUUCGUGCUGCUGUUCACUUAAUCUCGUGCAGGAAGAUGCUAAAAUUGGGCCCAAUCUCAGGUUAUUAUUCACUACAAUAAGUUGCAUAAUGACCCAUUUCUUUUUUAAGGCAAAAUUUAACCCCUUAUCAAGUUUUUCCUUCACAGGAAAAAAAAAGGACUGUUUAAAAACUUGUGCGUUAAAUGAACUUCGAGGGAUAACACCAUCCUCGAUCUCCAUAUGUCUUCAGUCCUCUAAUAAUUCCAAGUAUUCCUGAGGAUGCUUAAAUGAGAAUUCUUCACAAAAUGGUUUGAAGAGUUGCCUACUAUACUACUUGGUCUGGCUAAAAUCGGAAAGUUGUUUUUAAAGAUCAUGCAUUUGUACUUAAUACGGACACCAAGCAUUUUUGUUUCUAGACGUUAACCUUGAGCUUGGCCUUUUCUCAUUUUCAGCAGGAUCCACAACAGAUCCUCCCUUUGUCCUACCAAAAACUGCUUCACAAACAACCUUCACCCCAAAAGUGAAUUUGAUUUCGCAGACAACUCCUCAAGCACCUUCGCCAAGCACUUUGUUUUCUCCCACGCCAAACAUUAGCUUUACGUCAGAACCAAAUCCUGCUUGUGUGUUUAGUGCAGCUCAGACCCAUGCCACUGAGAGACAAAUGCCAACAGCUCUGUCUAUUUCAGAAGCCAAGCAGCUUAGAGAUGCGCUUCUCGGCAGCAUUGUUAAAUGUACGCAGAUUCAGAACUCUCUCUACAGACUUCUGAUACUCAAGUUACAGGCUCAUGUCACAGGGCCAUCUGAUACUGGCUUGGAAUGUAGUGACACAUCAGCGAGUUUACCGGAGACUUCCGGAAUUGAAAAAGCAGAAGAGUGUGUAUUAAAUGGUGCUCAACUGGCAAAUAUUGAUUCCAAGCACGCUAAAAGCACAAGAGUGUGUUUGGAUAAUAUCACAAGUGAGUGCGACACGUUGAACGCAGCAGGGGGGUUAGAUGACGCAUCAAAGAUUUCUUACGUGAAGGACACGGAGAACUCAGAAAAGAGCGUAAACGGUGCUCCCCGGACUCUGCUAGGUGAACUGCAAGAUCCUUUAAAUGCCUUGAUUCGCUGUGCUGACAUUCAAAGAGAGCUUUUCCAAAGGAUGAUGACUAUGAACGAGUUGAACACCAAAGAAGCAAGUGAUUUAUCUGGUAAAGAAUCAUCCCCACGUGAAAAUAAAGGUGAGAAACCGUAUUCAAUUGAAUGAGGCCCCCCCUCAAAUAAGCGUGCCCAGGUUUUAUACAUUAUUGAUAACCCGGCCUCCUUUCUGAAAAAAAGCCAAAUUAUCAAUAAUAACGGAAUCAGAAUAGAAGUACUUUUAAAAAAAUCAGUUGAAACAAUUCACAACUAUGAAGACAGUUAUUUUCUAGCAAUGCAUAGAGAGCACAAAUUGAAUCUUUCAAGUAUAAGAAUUUCGAAUCAGCAAAAUGAAUAAAUGAUGUUCUGUAUGGAAAAACCGAUUCACCAUCUUGCCAAGGCAGUCCAGAAAGCAACCCUAUUGUUCUUUUCACUGAGACGUUUUGAUGACUUUGACUUUGUUGAGCUCUGUACUAACCAAGUAACUGAUCCAGAUUAUUUUGUCUGUCUCUUACCGUCAGAUUUAUACACCAAUAGAAAAGUUGAUAUGCGGGAAGUCCAAUCUAAGCUCGAAGCCAUCACCUUUAAAACCAAAAUGGAAUGCAGCUAUGCCCGAGAUCCAUUCAGCAGUAAAUACCUAAAGCCAUCAACUAGCGAGGACCUUUUGCUGCAUAUACCUCCACGUAGACAUGUGUCAUUUCAAGAAGCAGAUUCUUGUAGUUUACGAGAGCUUCCACAUGGACGAGGAAUUCUGAAAACUGCGACAGGCGAAUUCAUUUAUUCUGGAGACUGGUGCAGAGGUAAAAAAAAACUGUUAAAUUUUUACAUUUCAGCUAUCUCCCUCUAUUCCUCGUAAAUGAUCUUUUGUUUUAAUAAUUAGCCUUUCGGUACCGUAAAAUUCCGAAAAUCAGCCCCGGGGCUUAUAUUUUUCAAAGGCCCUUUUUGAGGGGCUUAUUUUUGGAGGGGCUUAUGUACGGAGGGAAAUUUGCGUUUCAAACUUGAUUUGGCUGGCCUUAUAGUUGGAAGUAAAUUUACCGUUUCUCUUUGUUUUACUUUGUAUUUGAGGGCAAUUUCCAAGUACAAGCCCCCGGAGGGGCUUAUAUUUGGAGAGGCGAUUUAACGGAGGGUUUUUUACCUUACGAGUUUGGGGGGCUUAUAUUUGGAGGGGCUUAUACCUGGAGGGGCUUAUUUUCGGAAUUUUACGAUAUUUUGAAAUGUUUCAUUUUCAGUAAAAAUUUUCCUUUCACGAAGUUUGAUGCAACUUGAAACGCAGUUACGUUUUUGAUGAGUUCCGUUUAGAUUUAUUAGGGAACCGAUUUGAAGACCAUUUAAUGGUUCAGUUGAACAUGGUUCAAGUUGAUAGCCUGUGAAUAGAAAUUGUACAUAUACAUAAAUGAAUAAUAAGACGAAACCUAAAGUUGUCAGAUUACUCCGUUGUGCCAAUGGUUUGAUAAAUUGGAAAGUGAAUUUGUUUUGUUCCAAUUUGAUAACUACCUACGAAGACGUGGAAAAGGUUUUCUGGCUUCACUAGUUAUCCAGUUUAAUAAGAGAGAUCGCAUUGUAGUGUGGUGAUUUCCUUUCAUUUUGAACAGUCAGUAGAGUAUACCUGGAAGUCCCCCACCUACCCCUUCCCUAACAAAACAUUUACCCCCUUUUCUAUUCAGGCAAGAGACAUGGGAAGGGUGAAGGGCUCAUUUUCCCUGUUCCAGGAUCUAACCAUUCGGCGGCUGAACAAGGAUUUUACAUUGGUGGAUGGAAACACAACAUGAGGUGUAGUUUAUUCGAAGACACCUCGCCUCCUAAUGAUAAUAAUAAUAUUAAUAUUUACUAUACCGCUUGUCUUAGGGUACUAGUAAUUACCAUCAGUAAAGCAGCUUUUGUCAGGGACAGUUUUCGAGUGAUAAAACAUUGAAAGCCUUUUUAAUAUUAACCCUUUUUCUUACGUGUUUCGUUACUUUACUUUUAAAACUCAUUUCUUUGAAGCCCUGUCCCAUUUUAACCCUCUUAGAAAUGACUGGAAGUCGAUAAUUGUUGAGAGGUAAUUAAUGUGUUUUGGGGGGCCUUCUUUAAUAGGGAGUUUAAGAUACGGAGACUACGGACUACGAACUACGGCUGGACGAGCGUUGUCGUUUGUUUGUAGCACUGGGUUGAGUCGUGCAAAUAUAGAACGUUAAGAUUCCACUACAGACGGCAGACUACGAGAGAAGAGGCGGAGAGGGAAACAACACGCAAAGAUUUUCUUGUUUUCACCACAGUUCACAAAAAUGCGAGUCAGUUUUGCAUGUGAUCUUAUCUUUAGAACAAUGAACAAAUUCUUCCAUACUUGAAGGAAGCAAUUACGUACAAGUCGAUUCGCGUACAAGUUGAUUCGCCUACAACUUUACUCCUUGUUCCAUCACCGUAGCUCGGGUGAAAUUGGUAAACAAAGUUUUGGUUGCACAGGUUUGAUUUUUUUCGCCCAUGAAUACUUAUGUAAAAUAUCAAAGAAAUAGACAGAAAUAGUAAUAGCUCAUUUAUUAGAUUUAGAAGAUGGACUUCUCCGACUACUGAUCUGAUGUAGUUUGAAGUAUUGAAAUGCCCAGUUUCGAUUGUCUCGAAGAUGUUUACAUCAUUUUCAUUCAGCAAAUGCGAUACAAAAACUCGCAUAAACAAAGGUCACACAAGUAGAAAGACACACUAAUCAGUUCGAACAAACAUUGAAACUUUUCAAGUGUGAAGAGAAAGUAAAUUACCUGCAUGAUUUCUCUUCUCCUCGGCCAUCAAUCGGAAUUCUGCGUAUAAACAGCUAAGCUUCUUUAAAUAUGAGCUUAGCUAGAUAAAAAUGUAGUCACAACGGUGGAUUAAAAGCGUAAAUCUGAGCAGAAAUUAGACACAACUUACAUAUUUCGCUUCCCUCUCACUUAAAGCAGGCAAAUUGAACCUUUUUUACGAAAAGACGAGAUUCUUGAAUUACCGAGACGGCAAAAUACGAGCAAAAUGUUCUCCGUAGUCCCGACUACGCGAAACAGCUCAACAACUCACCGUAGCCGCACGACUACGCGGGAAAAAUGAACAGUCACGUGGUUUUGAUCAUGCGCAGUAGCAUGUUUAUCCGUAGCCGUAGUCCGUAGUCGGAGUAUCUUAAACUCCCUAAUGUUUACGCUCCUAACGCAAGAAACUCUUCAAAGUCUCAAUCUACAAACUCUUCAUCUUAAUAGCACUGAGAUUUUCAAGGUGAUAAAUGGACUUUUGUCAGCCACGAUUUGAGUCUGAGGGUAUAAUAUAGAAACAGUCAUAGAUUUUGCUUAAUUUUUUGGCUUACUUCGAAUAUUAGGCACGGCCAUGGGCAAAUGAUUUUCACCUCCGAGGCUGUGUAUGAGGGACAGUGGCAGUUUGACAAAAUGACAGGAUAUGGUACCUUAAAGCUGCCAGAUGGAACCAUUCAGGAAGGGACUUGGAAGGAAGGUUCCUUACAGGGCUGCGCUCUUUUCACCUGGCCACAUGGUGUCACUGAGUACCGGGAGUAUGAUGCAAACCGAGGUAAAGCUCUUCUCUAAUUACACCUACUUGUUCUAAUUACCAUAAAGUGGUACAAAAAGCACAAAACCCAAAACCAAAACAGAAAAUGCUCAAGGAAUAAAUUGGCCAUUCAAGUUAUAUUUUAAUUUUCUGUUAGUCCUGAAAUUUUUUUUAUCCUAAAAGCAGUUUAAAGUUGAGAGAGUGUAGCUCGCCACAUUAAAGGUGUUUCCAGGGUGCUAGCGUUCCUAUCUAUAUAUAGUUGUAGCUUUGCUUUAUCGCCCUUGUCUAAGCCUUCAAGUGAGCUAAGGCAAUAGUUCUAUUACAACGUUUUUAGUUUAAAUAUGUAGGCUUCGGCAAAACAUCUCGUUAGAGAAUGGAUAAUAGAGUAACGCGCAAUGUAGAGGAAUUGUUAAGUCAUCAAUUCUAAAAGGUUACUCUUAGUAAAUUUUCAAACAUGCAGUACAAAGUAACUCAUGAACUUGCCCUUAAAGUCCACGUUCCUUUGUGACAGUCUGCAGUGAUUUGCUAUCGAGUCAUUGUGAUCUAUAUAUUUCUUUUUAUUAACAGGUCAGUUGAGUUCCUACAAACUUGAUCAAGAGGUUGCAGAGGAGCUGACGCAAAUGAGUUGUAUCCUCUCCCAGCUGCUAAACUUACGUGACUGUGCUGUUACGCUUAAAGAUGAAAAGAUUUCUCUCACAGGGCAAGUGAAUAACCUGAAAAUGGAACACGCUGAGAUGGUUGGCCAGCUACAAGAUUUUGAUUUAGAAAUUUAUCGAAAGUAUGAGCAACAGUGGAAGCGGGAUAGUCAGAAACAACGAGACGAAUUCGAAAAAAUGUUGAAAGAUACAGAAUCCAAAGCUACUGGAGAGAAUGAUGCUCUGAAAAAGGAGCUGGAAGAAACCAAGGCUGCACUGCUAUGCCAGAUUUGCUUUGUGAGGAAACGUGACUGCAUUAUUUUACCUUGUUCUCAUCUCUUGUACUGCAGACAAUGUGUGCAGGAACAUAAAAAUAAUGGCGAUUUCCGUUGCCCUACGUGCCGUGGGACUAUUAACAGCGAAAUUCUGUGUAAUGUCAAUCAUUCUCCUUGA